GUAGGUUGGAACAGACGCGUUUAAAAACGCCCAAGCAGGAGUCCGCAAUUACCGCGUUUUGUUUUAUCAUCGCCCUGCAGCGGAGCGUUAUGACGCCCUCAUGAGAGCGGAGGGGUCUUCUGUGGAUUCCCUUGAUUGACAGAUCGCGGAAAAAAAUAUUUCAUUCUUUUGCGCGGUGGCGUUGUAGACAAGAUGCACUUGUGAUUUUUUUUUCUUUUCUUUUUUUUUUUUUAGAAAGCAUCCGUUUCCGACUACAGCUAUGUAGUUUCUACUUCAAUGCUUUUUUAUGAUUAGUUAAAGUUUCAUUCAACUUGCAUCUGCAUUGCGUUCCGCUGUUGUGCUGGGCUGUGGAGCUGGAGUAAGUAUGGGAUUGCCUGCGUUAGAGUUCAGCGACUGCUAUGUGGACAGCCCUCAGUUCCGAGAGAGGCUGAAGUCUCAUGAACUGGAAUUAGAGAAGACCAACAAGUUCAUCAAGGAGCUUAUUAAGGAUGGGAAAGCUUUAAUUCAAGCCCUGAAAAAUUUGUCCACUGCGAAGAGAAAGUUUGCAGAAUCGCUGAACGAGUUUAAAUUCCAGUGCAUUGGCGAUGCAGAAACAGAUGAUGAGAUAUGCAUUGCCAAAUCACUACAGGAGUUUGCUGGAGUCUUACAGAACCUGGAAGAUGAGAGAACACGAAUGAUUGAAAAUGCCAAUGAUGUGUUGAUUUUGCCACUGGAGCGUUUCAGGAAGGAGCAGAUUGGAGCUGCAAAGGAGGCCAAAAAGAAAUAUGAUAAAGAGACAGAGAAGUACUGCACAGUGUUGGAGAAACACCUCAGUCUGUCUGCAAAGAAAAAGGAAGCACACCUUCAUGAAGCGGAUAACCAGGUGGACAUUGUAAGGCAGCACUUCUAUGAGGUCUCACUGGAAUAUGUCUUCAAAGUGCAGGAAGUUCAGGAGAGGAAGAUGUUUGAGUUUGUGGAGCCGUUGCUGGCUUUUCUCCAGGGUCUGUUUACAUAUUAUCAUCAUGGGUACGAACUGGCCAAAGACUUCAACCAUUUCAAGACAGACCUCACAAUCAGCAUUCAAAAUACGCGGAACCGGUUUGAGAGCACUCGUUCAGAGGUGGAAUGUUUGAUGAAGAAGAUGAAGGAAAACCCGCAUGAACAUAAGAGCAUCAGUCCGAACACAAUGGAGGGAUACCUGUUUGUGCAAGAAAAACGUUCCUUCGUGUCCACAUGGGUGAAAUACUACUGCAUCUAUCACAGAGAGCCCAAACGCAUGACAAUGAUGCUGUUUGAUCAGAAGUCUGGGGCCAAAAAUGGAGACGAGGAAGGCUUUACACUGAAAUCUUGCAUCAGAAGGAAAACAGACUCCAUCGAGAAGAGGUUCUGUUUUGACAUUGAAGCUAUGGACCGGCCUGGUGUGAUCACCAUGCAGGCGCUGUCAGAGGAAGACCGCAGACUCUGGAUGGAAGCCAUGGACGGAAGAGAACCGGUAUACACCCUGAAUCGUGACAGCCAGAAUGAAGCUAUGGCUCAAUUAGAUGUCAUUGGCUUCAACGUUGUCAAAAAAUUCAUCUAUGCCAUAGAAACCAGAGGUAUUGAUGAACUGGGGCUAUACAGGAUCGUCGGUGUCAACUCCAGAGUGCAGAAACUACUCAGCCUGGCCAUGGACCCCAAAACCUGUGCAGAUGUGGAGCUGGACAGCACAGAAUGGGAGAUCAAGACCAUCACCAGUGCAAUAAAGCAUUACCUCAGGAUGCUGCCGGCCCCUCUCAUGACGUACCAGUACCAGAGGAGCUUCAUCAAAGCAGCCAAACUGGACAAUCCCGAGGCGAGGGUGGCAGAGAUCCACUCCAUAGUGCACCGUCUCCCAGAGAAGAACCGCCAGAUGCUGGAGCUUCUUAUGAAACACUUGGCCAAGGUGGCCAGUCACCACCAGCAGAAUUUGAUGACGGUUGCUAACCUCGGCGUAGUGUUCGGUCCUACGCUGCUGAGGCCUCAGGAAGAGACUGUCGCUGCAAUCAUGGACAUCAAGUUCCAGAACAUUGUGGUAGAAAUCCUGAUCGAGAACCAUGAACGGAUUUUCAAAGACAUGCCAGUGUCUGGAGGAGGGCAGGGCAACUCCCAGCUCAACCUGCCCAGGCGGAGAAGUACAGACAGCAAGGCCCCGUCCUGCAGUGAGAGACCCCUCACGCUUUUCCACACCCCCUCAUUUUCAGAGAAAGAUAAAGCAGUGGAGAAGAGGAACAGUGCGGUUGUAAACUCCAGUGCAGACUUGCCAUCAGUAAAUUGCAACAGCACACUUGACUGGACUCGACUCAACAGCCUGCCCACCAGAGACGGAGACCAAGAUGGGCUUCAGUUGUCCAAGCAGAGUCGGCCUAAUUCACUUCAAAACCCAAAAGUUCGCAGCAGCAUGUCGACAAGCCCGGCUUCACCCAGUCCCACCUCACCGCGCUCCCCCUCGUGGCCGAUGUUCUCUGCCCCCUCCAGCCCCCAGCUGGCCUCCAGCACCUCCAGCGAAUCCUCCCCCGUCAGUCAUCCGCCACGAAAGGCACGUGCACUGUAUGCCUGCAAGGCUGAACAUGACUCUGAGCUGUCCUUUAUCGCAGGCACCAUAUUCGAGAAUGUUCAUCCGUCAAGAGAACCAGGCUGGCUGGAGGGCACCUUGGACGGGAAGACAGGGUUAAUUCCAGAGAACUACGUGGAGUUCGUUUAGCUGGUAGUCAGUGAAAGCGGCGAGGCACAGAGCCCACUUUUGAAAACAACUGAACUUCGACAGAGAAGCCGAGUUGGUAUGCCUGAGCGUGUCUGUGUGAUAGUAUGGUUUUUUGGCAUCUGUGGCAUUCCCCUAGCGCGUCAUUGUUCCACGCAUCCCACAAUGCAUUGCGGCUGUUUAACACAAAGUUCAACACAAGGUAAAAGGGAAAAAAACAAGCCCUGGGACCAAGCUGUUGCUGCUAUCUCGGCCACAAUCAAGAAAUUAUAUUUUUAGGGGCUCAUUAUGAAUUAUGGAUUUGUUUUUAUUACUAUUAUUGUUUUUUUUUUUAAAUAAUGCUUUUAUAUGUGAGCACUUCCCUGUUCUCCAUGAUGUAAAAUGUGUGCUGUUUCUAUGCAGUCUGAGGCUUUUUGAAUGUCUUUUGUGCCAUUCAGGUCCUCGCAUCUGUUUGGUUUAGAACUACUAAGAGAUAACUGUUAAUUAUGGGGGGAAAAAAAAAAAACCUCUUGCACUCUUUUGUAUAUCAGGAAGCAUUUAAAAAAUAUUCAGAAUUUCCUUUUUUUUCUCUCUUUUCUUAGCAUGUAAGUGGAAAAGUGUAAAUUAUUUCUUAAUGUGAAUUAACUUCAUAUGUAAACCACUCUUAUUUAAGCAUUAUCUCGGAUGAGAUUUGUGUUCUUUUGGAGUGUAUUAACAUUGUAAAUAAGUGAUAAUUGAUAAGGUAUAAUUUUUUUUUUUGUAAAAUGCGAAUUAUAUAUAUUUUUAUUGUAGCACACUAACUUAAUUUUUUGAUAGCCCAAUUGAUCUUUUUACAUUUUUAAAAAAAAGUUAUGUACAAUUUUCUGAGCCUUAUUAUUCUUUAGGAUGUCAAAUAAAUGAAAACAUGGUUCA